AGGUAGUCUUCGCUUUGGGCUGACGGACUAUCGAGACCCCUUGGCAAGAGCACAUUUGCGCUCUUCGGGACACGGACCUCACAUUUGGUGAUUCGACGAGCAUGUUACACUGGUUGCCUGACCAGAGCGUUUCCUGUCGCCCAGCCUCGUAUCCAGCAGCGCCACACUCUCGCUUGGACAAAAGCUGAACUUCUGCUCGAACUCUCGCCGUCGUGAAACUGAGGUCCUCGUAGCCUCUUCCAUCUGCCUGACAUGUGAAAGUCCAGAAACCGACGCCUUGGACUUGAGUCAUUUGCAUGUGCAAGCAGGGAACUUACGGUCAGCCUUACGUUCUCAGCCCCUGUUAGGCUUCCGACUCUGAAAUAGGCCAGCGUUGCCUUCAUAUUCCCUCGAACGCCAGCAGCCUCAAUCUUCCUUCUCUCGCCGUCGUCCACCAUACAAUUUCAACCGCAAAAAUGGCGGCACCGGCAUCGAAGCCAAUACCUUACACCGCCAACCCUCUUCUUCUCAUGGUCAAUGACUUGAUGCUCUUUGCCGAAAUUACAUUCACAUGGCCUAUUACAGCCGGUCUACCCAGCAUUGUCCUACCGCUGUUUCCGACGAGAUCAGGCUCUCUCGAUGAAUUGGCGGUCACCAGGGCCAAUCUGUGGGCUGCUUUCUUACAUGUCGUUCUCAUCAUCGCUCAAACAAUCUUUCUAGGGUCUUUGGUGCCGCUGGCAUUCAUUGGCUUACCAUCCUUCUAUCUCUUGUACAUUGUUGGCUUUGUCAUGGGAAACCAGUGGUUUACGGUCUUAUUGAACGGCCCGAGGCGACGAGGACUUUUCGAGUCGAAUCCAGCGUGCGUUAGAGGAAAGCCGGCACACGACCACGAGAAAUGGGUCUUCAUCAACGGUGUGGCAGUAGGGCGCCACUGGUUGCAGUCAAACCUCGACCGGCUCGCAAUGACCUUUAGAAGGCCGGUAUUCGGAAUACAUAAUCAGACCCGGGGUAUUAUCUUUGAUGUUCUCGAAUGCAUCAUUCAGCGCGACUUGAACUACGCCACUUUGGACAUUCGGACCGCAUAUGCAGCGAUGGUUGAAAUCCUGUCCGACGACAAUAUUCAGAAGGUGGUCUUGAUCCUCCAUAGUCAAGGUGCCAUUGAGGGUGGCUUGGUCCUUGACUGGCUCUAUGACACGGUACCGGCGGAUCAGCUUAGCAAGCUGGAGGUAUAUACCUUCGGAAAUGCCGCGAAUCACUGGAAUGCGCCUGUCAUAUCUUCAUCGGCCUCUUCCAGGGCAAAUGGAGACAGCGUGACGGAACAGAGAAUCGUGCCGCAUAUCGAGCACUAUGCCAAUGAGGGUGACUACGUGUCGAGGUUCGGCAUCUUACAUUUUCGGCCGGAUCAGCCAUUGCCGCCGGCAUCAGUCCCCAAUAACACACCUUUUGCUCCCAGUUCGAGGACAUCACAUCCGGAAAAGCCCAAAGCAUCGGACAACGAGGCCUCACGUACCACACGACCUACUCCUCCAAAGGUCGACACUCGGGAGAAGGUAGUCGCAGCGUCCUCGAGGUCGUUGCUGUCUCCCAAGACGCCCAUCGAAAUGAUGGAUCUUCGAGAGGAGGAGACAAACCUGUUCUUCGGCCGUCUCUUCAAACGGAUCGGCUCCGGCCACCAGCUGAAUCAGCAUUACUUGGACAAUGUCUUCGAGAUGGAGGGCCUUGACAGCAACGACCUCUCCAGAGGACGCGUGCGAGAUGGCAACGCCUUCAUGGACGCCGAUGUCGACGAGAACGUCUUUCGAGACUGGGAUACCGUGCAAGCUGUUGGAAGACCCGCUGGCACACGCCCCGCUAACGGCAGACCCGUCGCACCGAGAAGACAGAUUAAGGAGCUCAGUCGUCUGUGGGCUUAUCGGAACGGACGGAGUCCAGAAGAUUGAGAAUCGUGGAAGUGAUCGGUGGUGUGGGCCCGUAGGCGCCGGCCUCUGCUCCAGCCCAGCUCAUACAUGAUACACGAGGAACGAAACGAAGCUCAUGUCCAUGCAACGUCUGCUCCCGGACGACGAAGCGGGGAUCGCACAGGAGCAGGCGGCGUGGUAGGGUGGAACAGACCGUCUAAGUAUCGCCUUCCAGAUAUCUUGGAAGGGAAGGAGAGAAGGGGAACUAUGGGACUAUGGUGAUAUGGCGUAUGGAGGACUUCACGAGGCAGUGUCAUUUGUAUCGUCGCAUCACAUGGGUUAGGACCUGCGGAGACAGGACACGCAACCUUGACUGUAAUGAGUCUCACUAACGAGGUAUUUCUUACGAUUCCAUCCCUACA